AUGGUUCCUUUGCGGAAGGAAUCCCUCUCUCAUUUUCCUGACUCUCUUUCACGAUUAUUUUUCACGCUGUUACCCUCUCUUUCUCUUUUCUUCCCUUUCUUUCUUUUUCUGUCUGUCUUUCUCUCUCUCUCUCUCUCUAAAUAUAUAUAUAUAUAUAUAAGCGAAAACCUGUUUCUCUGCAUCUCGACACCUCUUUCUUACAUUUUUUCUUUCUUUCUCUACUUUUUAUUCCUUUCCUUUUAUUUCUCUUUCUAUUGUAGGCAUUUGUCUUUCUGUCUGUUUAUAAUUCUCCUUUCUCUCUCUUUCUCUCUUGUUUUUUUCUUUACGCAGCAGGGAUCAAUUUGUCUCUCUUUUUCUUUUUCCUUUCUUUUUGUCUCUUUACUUCUGUUUCUCUCUCUCUCUCUCUCACUCACUUUUCUAGGCACCUAUUUUUCUGUCUAUCAAUUGUUGCUUCUUUUUUUCUUUCUGAUGCGGAUAUUCGCUCAUGUCUUUUUCUACUUUUAUUUUCUUUCAUAUCUUUCCUUUCAUAAAAAAACAAAAAAAUCAUCUGUCUGUCUGUUUUCACCCUCUCUUUCAUGCUUUUCCCUAUUUUCUUUCUCUUUUCUUUACAAUCAUUCGUUUUUUAUCUGUCUUCCCCUUUACAUUUUUCUCUCUCUCUCGCUUUCUCUCUUUGAAGAAGGUAUAUCUCUCUCUAUCUCCCUCUUUCUCUCUAUCUCUUUCACUGUCUUUUUCAUACACCGCCCCUGUGUAUUUUUAUCCUCUUUGUUUUUUUCCUCUAUUUUCUUUUGUUUGCCAUUUCAGUAA